GCUGAAUUUAAAAUGAUGCGAAGUAAGUUAUGCUGGCAGUACUGACACUAGAUCCAGGAAGGUGUUUCCCCUUUUAGGUACAUCAUAUAAUCGCUUGUCAGUUAAGUGACUAACAGAAUGCCAACUAGUGUCCAAAGAUAAACGCGCAGAAGGUUGAAAUGCAGCGCAGCUCAGCUGAGGGACCCAGUCAGUAUUCGCACUGCCUCAGUAGCGACAGGACUCAAGAGGCACAUUUGAUCCGCAAAGGGGGAGACAUGGAAAGGCAAAACAACAAGAGUAUUAAAGAGAGGUUUGCUCUGAGGAACAGCCUGGUGAAGGAAGCCCUAGCAGAAUUCCUUGGGACAUUUCUGCUAAUUCUUUUUGGAGUUGGGUCGGUUGCCCAGGCUGUCCUAAGCAAAGGUUCAAUGGGAGAUCCACUCACUGUACACCUUGGCUUUACACUCGCAGUCACCAUGGCUGUGUAUGUGGCGGGAGGAGUUUCAGGUGCUCACAUAAACCCUGCUGUCUCUCUGGCGAUGUGUAUGCUGGGGAAGCUGAGCCUCUGCAAAUGCCCAGUCUAUGUCGUGUCUCAGUUCCUUGGUGCGUUUGUUGGUGCCGCAGCAGUCUAUGGACUUUAUUAUGAUGCCUUCCUGGAUUAUACAGGUGGAGUGCUGACAGUUACUGGCCCCAAUGCAACAGCACACAUUUUUUCAUCCUACCCUGGCAAACAUCUUUCAAUCUUAAAUGGAUUUAUAGAUCAGGUUAUAGGAACUGGUGCAUUACUCCUCUGCAUCCUCGCCAUCCUGGACAACAAGAACAAGGGCGCCCCAAAAGGAAUGGAGCCCUUGAUGAUUGGUCUCAUCAUCAUGGUUAUCGGGGUCUCCAUGGGCCUGAACUGCGGCUACCCGAUUAAUCCAGCACGUGAUUUCAGCCCAAGGCUCUUCACUGCCAUAGCAGGGUGGGGCACUGAAGUGUUCAGCACCGGAAACCACUGGUGGUGGAUUCCUGUGGCUGGGCCGCUGGUUGGAGGGAUGGUCGGAGCUGUGAUCUACGUGCUCUUCAUCGAGCUUCACCAUGGGGACCCUCAGAAGACUCCAGAAGAAGAAAACAGCAUGAAGGAUAAAUACGAAAUGAUUACACUGAGCUAAACUCCCCAGACACCAAGAUUAGACUCAAGGAAAAUUCAACUGACAAUCAUAACAAACAGGUUCAUCCUCAUCUGAGGAGUGUCCCCUAACAUUUUUUAUCAAUUCUUGGUAUAAUAUUCCCUUUAUCCUGCUCCCAGAGACGCUUGGGGUGAAAAGGGGUGUUCUACAGAUUUACUUGCCAAAGUAUUAGGUUGCAGCAGCCUGAUUGGACAGAUCUAGUGAGUGAGUUGGUCUGUACAUUAAGAGCCCCUGGCCUAUGCUCUUAGUCGCUGAUCUCUCUGCAUUGUUGGAGAGGAACAAUGUCAUCAGGGUUGAGGUCAAUUCCUUUUAAUUUGACAUAGGCUUUAUUGAGCAAACAUACAUACAACCUUAACAAACACAUGUGCAACUUGUCAACAGCACAUGGAAUUACGCAGUUGCGUGUGUUUGCUCAAUAAAGCCUCUGUCGCAAAUGGAAUUGGAAUUGAUUAAUAUAGAAUUUACCCCAACUCUGAAUGUCCUCAUUCCCAUCAGCAUUGCAGGCUGAACGGCAUCUGCCAACACAGUCCAGUAUCACUGCCUCCCACACCAGCACUGUCCAGUCGUUGUAUCCCAGCUGUUAUCGCUGCAAAGUUUGCCCACCUUGGUAAUAGUGACUAGCACAAGGUGUUCAUUUUUUGGCAGAUGCGUCAGUGUAUAUAGAACCUACAAUGUUCUGUUUUGCAAUGUAUUAAUUAUUCCACUGCUUCUGUUGUAUUUAUUUGAAGAACUGUUGAAGGAACAACCCACAGUCUUUUAGACGUUAGUGAUUAUCAGCAGAAAUUGGCUGUCCAUUUCUUUUUUUGUAAUUGCACUUUAAAUAAAGAAAAAUAGCUAUGUUUUUAA